AUGGAUCUCACCAACAUCUUCCGUCUCGUGAACAUCGCCGUGGGUGUGAUUAUGGUUUUGGGCGGUAUCAGUCAAUUCUUUCCCUUCUCAGUUGGCUCGUUAGUUGUCGGAAUAUAUGUUAUCAUCUUUGGUUUCAUUGUGGGCGGACUUGAAUUUCUUCCGCAAAUCCCCGAUUAUGUCUACCGUUACGCCUCGUUUCUCUUCUCUUUCCUUGGUCGCGGUGUUUUCUACAUCUUCGUUGGAUCAAUCCUGAUACACGACCAUGUCCUCCGUAUCAUUGCCGGAUCUAUCGUCGGUAUCAUCGGUGUUGGAUAUAUCGCGCUAGAAUUUGUGCCGUCCAUCGAACCUCCAACGAACAUGCGCGAGGCUGACCCAAGCUGGGGUGCCGAAGAGAUCUAA